AACCAGUAAGAUGGAAUUGCUCGGAGAGGCGACGGAGGAAGAAGAGGAACGGCGGAAGGAGACGGGGAUCAUCGAGUUCGACGCGAGGAUUUCCCUUUUCAUCACCGCUGAUCUCUGCCUCCGAUCGGAUUUCUAUUUUCCUAUUCCGAUUCUGAUCGGGAAUCCCGCAGUUUGAGAGAAGUGGUGGUUUCUCCAAUUCAUAGAGGGCUGCUAUCACAUUUCCGCAACAUUUGAGGCCUUCCUGAAAGUCCAAACGGUGUGCCUUGAAGAUGUUUGGAGGAGGCAAUGGCACCCCAGUUUUCCCUGUUUUCUUAGAAGAAAAUCAAUUACAAUACGAUCCUAAUGGAUCAACCCAACUUCAGUUAUUUGGUACAGCAGGUCUCAAUAGGCCAAGCAAAAGGGGCAGAGAAACAGAGGCUAUAUCAAGACAGCAAAAGCUUCACUUCUCUCUGAAUAACUUUGCUCAUGAUGAAGUAGAUCGUUCUGCAAGCAUUCCAAACUCAAAUGCUGUGUCAACUGGAUUGAGGCUGUCAUAUGAUGAUGAUGAACCCAACUCAUCUGUUACUUCUGCAAGUGGAAGCAUGACGACCCUUCCGGUCAUUUCAUCCCUUGGGGAUAGUUUAAGAGCUGAGCUUGAUCAUCAGAAGGAAGAGUUUGAUCACUACAUCCGAGUUCAGGAAGAACAUAUUACGAAAGGAGUGAAGGAAAUGAAGCAGCGGCAAAUGGCUUCCUUGUUAACCACAAUAGAGAAAGAGGUGGGAAGGAAAUUGCGGGAAAAAGAAGUUGAGAUUGAGAACAUGAACAGGAAGAACCGUGAAUUAGUCGAAAGAAUAAAAGAAGUGGCACUGGAGGCUCAGAGUUGGCAUCAGAGGGCCCGGUACAAUGAAGCCAUGGUUAACUCCCUUAGAAGUAACCUUGAACAUGCAAUUGCUCAAGGAACUGAUCAUGGGAAGGAAGGUUGUGGAGACAGUGAAGUGGAUGACUCUGCUUCCUCUUAUAACCAUAAUAUGAUUGCCGGCGUACCAACAAGAAUGCUCCUGGAGAACAGAGAAUUGAAGGAGCAGAGAAAUUGCAAGAUCUGCAAAAGUAAGGAAGUUUCCAUCUUGCUGUGGCCUUGUAGGCAUCUUUGCAUAUGUAAGGAUUGCGAGGGCUCUCUGGAUGUCUGUCCUGUUUGUCAAACCAUGAAAACUGCAAGUGUUGAGGUUUACAUGUCCUAGGGAAUCAAGAAGGUGGAAAAAAAAAAGGAACAAAAAGGAGUGAAAAAGUGAAAUAAACCAAACACUUGCUUAGAUUUCCUUGUUAUAAGUUAUGAAAUCUGUAUAUGCUAGAAAUUAACUUGGAAAUGA